GCCGGAAGCGCUCCCAAACCCACGCGCGCGCUCUCGCGACCCUGAGCCUCCCCAACUCUGGGCCCUGCCGCGCGCUGGCGCUCGUUCCCGGGAUUCCGGGCCCGGAGAGCUCGGAAGCGGCUGCGCGCGCGCUGCCCAGCCCGGUCCCCGCCCCCAGGCACGCGGGGUUCCGGGGCAAUACCGCCAUGUGCUCGUUAGCGCCGGGCGCUGCGGGCGGCCGGGGCGCUGUGGAGGACGAGGACGACCUGCCAGAGCUGUCCGACAGCGGUGACGAGGCCGCCUGGGAGGAUGAGGACGAUGCUGAUCUCCCUCACGACAAGCAGCAGACCCCCUGUCUGUUCUGUGACAGGUUAUUUACAUCUGCUGAAGAAACAUUUUCACACUGUAAGUCUGAGCAUCAAUUUAACAUUGAUAACAUGGUCCAUAAACAUGGACUGGAAUUUUAUGGAUACAUUAAACUAAUAAAUUUUAUUAGACUUAAGAAUCCUACGGUGGAGUAUAUGAAUUCCAUAUACAAGCCAGUGCCUUGGGAGAAAGAAGAGUAUUUGAAGCCAGUAUUAGAAGAUGACCUAUUACUUCAAUUUGAUGUAGAAGAUCUUUAUGAGCCGGUGUCAGUCCCAUUCUCAUACCCCAAUGGACUCAGUGAAAAUACAUCUGUGGUUGAAAAAUUGAAACAUAUGGAAGCCAGAGCACUGUCUGCUGAAGCUGCAUUAGCCAGAGCACGUGAAGAUCUGCAAAGAAUGAAACAAUUUGCUCAGGACUUUGUGAUGAACGCAGAUGUCAGAACCUGCUCGUCAUCUACUACUGCCAUUGCAGACCUCCAGGAAGAUGAGGAUGGUGUUUAUUUCAGCUCCUACGGGCAUUAUGGGAUACAUGAAGAAAUGCUAAAGGACAAAGUGCGAACAGAGAGUUACCGAGAUUUUAUAUACCAAAAUCCACAUAUCUUCAAAGACAAGGUAGUUUUGGAUGUUGGUUGUGGAACUGGAAUUCUCUCAAUGUUUGCAGCUAAAGCUGGGGCAAAGAAGGUUCUUGGAGUUGAUCAAUCUGAAAUACUUUACCAGGCAAUGGAUAUCAUAAGACUAAAUAAACUUGAAGAUACUAUUAUACUAAUUAAAGGAAAAAUUGAAGAAGUUCGUCUUCCUGUAGAAGAAGUAGAUGUUAUUAUAUCUGAGUGGAUGGGCUAUUUUCUUCUUUUUGAGUCCAUGUUAGAUUCUGUCCUUUAUGCAAAGAACAAAUACUUGGCAAAAGGAGGAUCAGUGUACCCUGAUAUUUGCACCCUCAGCCUUGUGGCAGUAGGUGAUAUGAAUAAACAUGCUGAUAGAAUUGCUUUUUGGGAUAAUGUUUAUGGCUUCAACAUGUCCUGUAUGAAGAAAGCAGUUAUUCCGGAAGCUGUUGUGGAAGUUUUAGAUCCAACAACUGUUAUUUCAGAUGCUUGUAGUAUUAAGCAAAUAGAUUGCCAUACAACCUCUGUCUCAGCUUUGGAGUUUUCUUCGGAUUUCACCCUGAAAAUUACAAAGACAUCCAUGUGCACGGCAAUUGCUGGCUACUUCGAUAUAUAUUUUGAGAAGAAUUGUCACAGUAGGGUUGUGUUCUCCACGGGCCCCCAGAGUGCCAAAACACACUGGAAGCAAACGGUAUUUCUGUUGGAAAAGCCAUUUUCAGUUAAAGCAGGUGAAGCCUUAAAAGGAAAGAUCACAGUCCACAAGAAUAAGAAGGAUCCACGUUCGCUCAUUGUGACCCUCACAUUGAAUAAUUCAACUCAAACUUAUGGUCUCCAGUGAAAAGCCCACAAAAGCACAACUACCUGGGUUUUUAUUAUGGGGGAUGGGAUAUGGGUAGGGGGUGGAGUGGGGGGCUUUAUGUGAGCAUGUGGAUGAUCCUUUCCUGACGAUUCUCCUCAGUACGAGAACCAUAUGGUAAGAAUCUAAUAUGAUUCAGCUAAGGAAGGGAACCAACGAUCCUAGUGGAGCACCUACAUAAUCACAGUCUUCGAAAUCUGAUCAGCACGACUUUACUAGAUGUAACCCCUACCUUGAGUUUAGCUAUAUAAUUUGAAUAGGCCUGAGUUUGGAACUAUAAGAGAUAUUCUCUUAUUGUUUUUAAUGUUUCUUACUAUAAAUUUUAAGCACUAGUUACUGAUUAGUUAUUUGGACAAUAUUUUAUUAAACUAUAAACUAUACACAAGCUAUUA